AUGGAAACCCUGCCCCCUUGGGGACGCCAGAGCGGCAUAUCGGGCGCAGGAAAAGUUGUGAUUCCCCUUGGGAACUUUCCUCCGCCUUCCUUCAUUUCCAUCUCGUGGCUCGGCCCCCGCCGUCGCUCGCCCCGGGCCAGGCGUCCGGAAACUCUGGCCCUUAAAGGGUCCGAGCGGAGGCGCGCACCCGGGACCAGCUUCCGCCGCGAGGGUCCCAGCGCCUGGGCCACCUGCGUCCGAGGGUGGGGCGGGGCGCGGCCCCCCGAAAGCAGGGCGCUCGGCGCGGCUCUGCUUCCCCCCGGUGGUACCCAGAGGAAGUGCACCCGGGGAGCGUUAGGCGCCUCAUCUCGUCGGACUCCUGGAGGUUGCAAACUGGCCACUGGAGAGCCGGUUCUGUCAGUGGGCCGAGGCUGGGUUCUGGGAGUGACUUCACAAUGCCCGACGGUUCCUACACUCUUGCUGCGGCUCCGCUCCACUACGUGGGCUCCCCUGGGGCUGCUUAGCAUUUCUCUCCCCAUUCUGGGGGCACAGAUAUUAAUCACCUGUACCCAGAAGAGUUUCUGCCAGCAGGCCCUGCUCUCGGCCAAUGAUGUUGUUCUGCAAUGCGACCACCCCAGAGCACACUGGUACUUCUUUUCCGUUCUGGGGGAAGUCGUCUCCCUCUCCUCCACGCCUCACUUAAAGGAGCUGCCUGGGGGCAGCCUCCAGUUGACCAACCCGCAGCCCUCCCAGGCAGGCGUCUACCGCUGCCAGGACAAGGGCGGUACCCUCCUGGUGCAGUUCAAGAUUGACUUCCAGGACGCCACCACCCUGCACAUCACACACAGAGACCUGGCCCAGGAGCCCCUGGAGAACGAGACCCUGAGCCUGGGCGGCAAGGAGCUCAUCUUCACCCGCUGGGAGCCCUGGCAGGACUGUAACCGCUGCGGGGUGCCGGGCGAGCACAAGCGCCUGGGCUACUGCUACACCCAGGGGCCCCUGGAGGAAGCCAUGCCCUGCUGGCUCCACCUGAGGAAGGCCAAGGAGCGGUCUGGCCGCAUGCGGCCGGAGCUGCAGGUGGAAACCUGCUUCGUUCCCUGUGACCGCGUCAAGGAGACCAACCAGCCGUUCUUCAUCUUUGACAGCGACCAGCUGGGCAAACUGCCCAACAACGUGUGGCUCACCUGCCCCUUGGCCUCCAUCUACAGGUGA